GCCACAUCUGAGCUGAAAAAAAGAACUGAAUCCCUUGGGCCAAAUUCAUUCCUGGAGCUGCUUGAUUGAACACAAUGCAUUUACACUGAACACAGAUUUGGCUCAUACCUGACUUUGUCAGCAUUCACUGUGCUGUAACUAAGUAACAAGAACACUGUCAUUAAGGGACAGAUGAACAGCUUUCUCUAUGGUUGUUAGAGCACUGAGCACCUUUAAGGAGUGCAGAAACUGGUGAAAGGAGGAGUUGAGAAAAGGACACCGCUCCUUUUAGAGUCUGUGUAACAGGACUGAUAAGCUAUUCCUGUGAUGUGAUCGAAUGUGACUGAAUACUGCAGGCUCUUGGACUCUUAUUCUAUAAAAUCCACAGCAAAGCAGCACAGGAAAAGAUCGGAGGGAACAGCUUCUGCUGUACCGAGAAAGAUGCUGGAGAGCUCUUCAGUCCUUUUGUUCAUUGUCUUCCUCCUGCUUUUCAUUUUGCUGCUCUUUGUGGUGCUCAUCAGGAGAAACGCCACUGCUGCCCUUCUCUGGAAUGAAAUCAUCCGCGAGAAAAUAACCAAUUUCAUCAUGAAUCAGAGCAAGGAACAGAGGAUUUUAAACUUCGUGCUGCAGAAUGCAGUCCGAGGAGACCCCUGUAGUGUGCUGGAAGCUAUAGAUAAGUACUGCUCCCAGAAAGAGUGGGCCAUGAAUGUGGGCAGUGAGAAAGGUUUAAUUCUAGACAAGACAGUGGAAGAGGUCAGUCCAUCAGUUGCACUGGAGCUGGGAACAUACUGUGGCUACUCAGGAGUUAGGAUUGCUCGGCUGCUGAAGGCAGGAGCUCGUCUUCUCACUGUGGAGUUCAACCCAGAAUUUGCUGCUGUAGCUAAACAGAUGUUUGAGUUUGCUGGAGUACAAGAUAAGGUAAAACUCCUAGAAGGCCCUUCAGAGGAAAUUAUUCCCCAGCUGAAGAAAAAAUAUGAAGUGGAUACUCUGGAUUUUGUCUUCCUGGACCACUGGAAAGACAGAUACACACCAGACACCAUCCUGCUUCAGGAAUGCAACUUGCUGAAGAAGGGCUCGGUUCUUCUGGCUGACAAUGUCAUCGUCCCAGGAGCUCCAGAUUUCCUUAACUAUGUCCGCAACAACUCCCAUUUCCAAUGCUCUAACUACCCAUCUCAUCUGGAAUAUAUGAAAGUGGAUGAUGCUAUGGAAAAAGCUGUGUUUUUGGGAUAAAGAGGGCCAUUAAUACUCAACUUUUGUUUCAAAUGAUGUAAAUGCAACUGCACA